GCCACCAAUGCUCAACAUGACCGAGGAGCACGACAAAGCGCUGGAGGCUCCGUGCAGCCCGGCGGGCACCACCAGCUCCAUGUCACACGUGGACUCGGACUCCGACUCGCCGCUGUCCCCCGCCGGUUCCGAGGGGUUGGGCUGCGCCCCCGCACCCGCCCCGCGUCCACCCGGCGCCGCUCCGCUGGGGGCUAAGGUGGACGCGGCCGAGGUGGACGAGCGGUUCCCCGCCUGCAUCCGCGACGCCGUCUCGCAGGUGCUGAAGGGUUACGACUGGAGCCUGGUGCCCAUGCCCGUCCGCGGCAACGGAUCGCUCAAGGCCAAACCGCACGUCAAGCGGCCCAUGAACGCCUUCAUGGUGUGGGCGCAGGCCGCCCGCAGGAAGCUGGCCGACCAGUACCCGCAUCUCCACAACGCCGAGCUCAGCAAGACCCUGGGCAAACUCUGGCGUUUGUUAAGCGAAAAUGAGAAACGUCCCUUUGUGGAAGAAGCUGAGCGGCUCAGGGUCCAGCACAAAAAGGAUCACCCGGAUUAUAAAUACCAGCCACGGAGGAGGAAAAGUGUAAAAGCUGGGCAGAGUGAUUCCGACUCCGGAGCAGAGCUCAGCCACCACGCGGGCACGCAGAUCUACAAAGCGGACAGCGGGCUGGGGGGCAUGGCCGAGUCCCACCAUCACGGCGACCACACAGGUCAGACCCACGGGCCACCCACCCCACCCACCACCCCCAAAACCGACCUCCACCAUGGCAGCAAGCAGGAGCUGAAGCACGAGGGCCGCCGCCUCGUGGAGAGUGGCCGCCAGAACAUCGACUUCAGCAACGUGGACAUCUCAGAGCUGAGCAGCGAGGUCAUCAACAACAUGGAGACCUUCGACGUCCACGAGUUCGACCAGUACCUGCCGCUCAAUGGCCACGCUGCCAUGCCGGCCGACCACGGCCCCAACGCCGCCGCCGGCUCCUAUGGCGCCUCCUACUCCCACUCGGCCACGGGCACCGGUGGGACCAACCAGGUCUGGACUCACAAAAGCCCGGCCUCGGCGUCGCCGUCGUCUGCUGACUCGGGCCAGCAAAGGCCGCACAUCAAAACGGAGCAGCUGAGCCCCAGCCACUACAGCGACCAGUCCCACGGCUCCCCUGCACACUCCGACUAUGGCUCCUACAGCGCCCAGGCCUGUGCCACCACCGCCUCCACCGCCACGGCCGCCGCCUCCUUCUCCAGCUCCCAGUGCGACUACACGGACCUCCAGAGCUCCAACUACUACAACCCCUACCCCGGCUACCCUUCCAGCAUUUACCAGUAUCCCUAUUUCCACUCCUCCCGCCGUCCCUACGCGACGCCCAUCCUCAACGGCUUGUCCAUCCCGCCGGCCCACAGCCCCACCGCUAACUGGGACCAGCCGGUCUAUACGACCCUGACGAGGCCUUAAAGGAUGCGUGGAGUCCCCCUCCCCGAGGGCUUCCCCAACGUAUGCACUAAUGAAGGAAUGAAGACGAAGAGCGUGGAGUGCCGCGAUAGUUUCCGAAGUGCCUCCUGAGCCACUGGGAACUCUGCUCGUUGCGACUGGAUGUCCCCUUGCUUCAAAACUCUCCAAAAGGACAGAGCUCUAUUUUUCUUUAAUACAAUUUAAAAAAAAAAAAAUUAAAAAAGAAUUUAAAAAAAAAAAAACAACCACCCCGACACCGCCACCACGAAAAAAAAAUAAAUAAAAGGACGGGUGAUUCCUUUUGAAUAAAUGAAGGACAAAACCAUUCGACUCCUCUGUGAGGACUGAACUGAACUUACUCGUCGUGGAAGUUGACACGUGCAAAAGUGGAGCAGGGGGGUGGGAAGUUGGGGAGGGGGGGGAAGGAAAAAAAAAUAAAUCUGUUUGAGACUUUAAGGGUCUAUUGCAAUGUGAGGAACGGACCAACCUUGAGGGCAAGAACUCACUCGGACCAACGUGGAUGAACCCCGAAAACCCGGCUAUUCCGUGAAACCAUCUCGUGGGAACAAACGAGUCUGGUGGGACCAACCAAUUAAAUGUCUGAAGUGUUUGUUGUUUUUUUUUUUGUUUUUUUUUUUGUUGAGAGUUCUUCUAAGCAAGGUUUGGCUGUAAUUAACAUUUUGUUUUUGUUUUUUGGAAGCUUAAAGUGUUUUUUGUUUUGUUUUUGGGUUUUUUUUUAAAUCUGUUAAAUUUUUUUUUUUUUUUUUUUUUUUUGUUGAGAGUUCUUCUAAGCAAGGUUUGGCUGUAAUUAACAUUUUGUUUUUGUUUUUUGGAAGCUUAAAGUGUUUUUUGUUUUGUUUUUGGGUUUUUUUUUAAAUCUGUUAAAUAUGUAUUUAUGUUCUGUAUUAUUUUUGUCUUUUAAUUAAUGAAGUAAUUUUGUGCAAAAAGUAGAAUUUUAAAAGAUUUUAAAGAUGGGGUGGGGAGGGAGCAUAAAAAAAAAUAGUGGAGAUGAUACAAUAAAAUGGUGUUAUGAGUCUAUAGAAUUUUUUCGUUGGGUUUUGGGUUUUUUUCGUUUUGAACCGCUGCAGCAGUCGAGUUUGAGAGAGGGACUGAACGAAUCUGCCCAUCGCAGACCUGGUCACCAACAGGAAACUCAAAUGGGAAUGUACAAUAACGAGGGGGGCAGUGGGGGGGAGGGAAGUUACUAAUUAAAUUGGGAGGCUAAAACGGUUGCAAAAAGGAGCAGGCAAUUUAUUUUUUUUUUUCUAGCUACCUGCUUUGGGGAGUUAAAAUUGGAUUUAAGGCAUUGCAGAGUCUUUGUACACUUUCAGAACCAGGACUACUUUAUAGGAAGAUGUAAUUUAAUGAGAAAUUAUCAACUUCUGCUUUAAUUUUGGCUUCUAGGGACCAGAUAUCAUCCAUCAAGCUGUGAAACUAAAAUCUUCUCCACUAAAAAAUGUUUAGGUACUUAGUUUUAGACUAAUAUUUCAUUGAUAUAUUUCUACUUCUUCCAUUGUAUGCUGAGCAUAUAAUAACCAUCUAUUUUAUGGUAACUUGUGCCUUUAAAAACUUUGUAAAUCUAAAAACACAUUUCAGAGGUUAUCAUCUUUUUACCUUUUCUACGUUUCCUACUCUUUUUCUAAAAAUAUUUUUUGCAUAUUUCCUUUUGGGGACGUGGGGGUGGGGGAAAAAUACAGAAAACUCAUUUUUAUGCAAUCUAUUUUUCUGUAUAAAGUUUGAAAGACUUUGGCUGUUACUUAUCUGUUCUCUUCACUAGCUUCUGACUAAGCAAUGCUAACUUUUGUACAGAUCAAUUUGAUAAAAUUAAAAAUUGCUUUUUAUCAA